AUGUCUUCUCAACCAUCCAAAUUGGACAUAACAGCGGGUCAGUUACGAUCCAUCUACACGCAAUUCCAAAGCGUAUUUGAUGAAAAAGUGUCUUUGCAUCUGCCCCAAGAACACGAUGCCACCAAGGGAGAGGUGCUGCUGGAAUUGCAGAAGUUUCUGAUGGAGGGAAUGGACGCAGCAUCCAGCUCACUCGGUGUUGUGGACGCACCGGAAAACGCAUCGAUUGCCGAUGUUUUGGCACAAUCUCGCGAUCAGUUUGUGGAACCAUUCGAUUUGGGCCUCAAUGAGCAAGUCCGGCAGAAAUACCAAGAAUGGGAGGACCAGACCGUGAAAGCCGCACAGUUGCGGCGCGAAGCGCCACGGAAGCUACGUGAGAUGUACGAAUCUGAGGCCCAAGACGUUUUGCACGAGGUGGAUGUCCUAAUAGAGAAUUUUUCUCGCGAGGAUGGAAACAGCAGGACUAAGUCGCCAAGUGAGACACACCAGGACCAGGACCUGGAGCUAAAUUGGGCCAGCCUGCAAAACGACUACUCAGAAGCGCUCGCUCGUCUGGCGCUCGUGAAAGACGAGCUGCCGAAAAACCACGCUAGGGUGAAAAAACUCGAGCAACUUGUACUGUUUUUGGAAUCAGAGCUGGACUCCGAACGCUAG